AUGAGAGACUCUUUCCUUCUUUUUCUACCUUUAUUAUUAUUAUUAUUAUUAUUAUUAUUGCUUUCUCUUCCCUCCAUCUCCAUCUCUCUUCUCCCAUUUUUCACUCUCUCCAAUCUUGUUUUGGUCCUCCCCUCCACUGCACUACUUCUGACCUAAUUGUCUUUCAAUCCCAACCAACACCAACACCAACCCCACCCCACUCCAGCUCCCCUCUCUGCGGUCGAUCCAUCGAGUCUAAAUAUAUAUACAUAUAUAGGCAGAGAAGAAGAAGAAGAAGAUCAUCAAAGAUGACGAACAUAGCAGGUGCAGGACAGUUCGGGGACACCACUUACACAAAGGUAUUUGUUGGUGGGCUGGCAUGGGAGACUCAAAAGGAUACCAUGAAGAAGUACUUUGAGCAGUUUGGUGAAAUCUUGGAGGCAGUCGUCAUCACAGACAAGACUACUGGAAGAUCUAAAGGCUAUGGAUUUGUGACUUUUCGAGAACCGGAUGCAGCCAUGAGAGCUUGUGUUGAUGCUACUCCUGUGAUCGAUGGAAGGAGAGCUAAUUGCAAUCUUGCUUCUUUGGGUGUUCAGAGAUCUAAGCCUUCUACCCCAAAGCAUGCAGCAGGAGGAGGAGGUGGUGGGAGGAACAUAAGGGUGGUAGGUGGUGGUGGUUUUCAUCAGGGAGCUGGAGCUGGAGCUGCUGGAUUUCAGGGUUUUGCAUCAACCUUCCCUCAUUAUUCCAUUCAACAAGGCAUUCCUUACAAUCUUUAUGCUGGGUACUCUCCAUACUCGCCCGAAUAUGCUUACCCUACGAGCUACUAUGGUGUGUAUGGAGGCGGCAGCCCACAGUAUCCAUUGUACGGAACUGGGAGUACUGGUGGACUUCUCUCAAGUGCUGCUGCUUACUACCCUUAUCUGAACCUGAGCAGCGAGGGCACGGGAGGAGCGGCAGCCUACUCUGCCAGCCAGGGUUAUGCCGGUGGCCUUCAGUAUCCCCACCACCUCUUCCAGUAUUCAGCAAUCAACUCAACUGCCAUUUACCCCCCACAUUAUGGCACCCCUGUAUCUCUUGCCCCCCCAACUCCACUUCAAUCAGUUUGCUUUGCCGUGCCGCAGGCAUAACCAUGACUCUCCACGCACCAAUACCAAUACCUCAUCGUUGAGAGACUCAUGCCAAUUAUGAUGGAGAUUCAUUCUUCCAAUUAUUCACUUCAUCUACUGCAUGCGUACCUUUGGCCUAACCAUGGUUCUCUUUCUACUUCUAUAGCUGUCUCUCUCUCUUUCUCUUGCUCGCACCCGGCCCAUGCCUGUGGCAUUUGGCCGUAUCCAAACAUGGGAGAGCCCCCCGUAGGGGUUAUGUCCAAAAGUUUUGGACCCAUCUCUAUUUCAUCACUUCUCUUUGUAGGAAAGGUUCCUACUAGAGAAUGGAAUUUGCAUGCAUAUGUGCAUCUUGUCCCCCAACUCAAGCCUCACUUAUCAAGGCAAAGUUGGUUGUCAUAGAAUUUGUCUCUUCAGCCCUGGAAAGGCUGAGCAAGACAAUAUCAUUUUGAAAUUCUGCCCUGGAAAGGCAAAUCAAACAAUCAUUUUUAUUCAAGUUUGUCAAAUACUAGUAUAUUUUGUCAGUCUUCCAUUUUCAAAAUGUUGAUCUUGAAAUGGCUAAUCCUUUCAAAAUUGUAGAUGGCAGAUGUAGAUCAGGAAAUCAGGGCAGGGAAUGCCCCAGAUUUUGUUUAUGAUAACGUACCCUAGUCUCAGGAUUUUAAAAACUCUGACUAGUAAUAGAUUUUUCUUGUUUGCAAUUUCUAAAACUGUGUGUAGUAAGAAAUGGAUCAUCUCUUCUUAGGGAAAGGGAGGUGAUCUUUAUGCGUCCUGUUUUGGUUUUAUGUAUAAUAUAUUUCAGUCGUGGGCCAAACUUUUGGAGUUGAAGCCCUGCCCUGCAACACAAGAAUGCUUAGGACUUUUUUCUUGUAGGGAUGUUAGCCUUUUUCACUUACCUACCUUGUUAGAAGCUCCACAAAAUGGUUUUGGAGUUUCAAUGCAUAGGAAGUUACCCUUGGAUAUUUUUGCUCUCUUGGGGUUCUUCUAAAUUGACACAUCAACCAUGGUUAGGACUCUGGUCGUCUUCAUCUUUGCGCCCAUCUCUCUCUCUCUCUCUCUCCAAGAACACUUUUAUGUUGCAAGUACCGGAACUACUUGACGAUGCUCUUUCUAUUAAGUGUUAUGGUUUGUAAUUGUAAACUAGGAAGAAGGAAGGAGGACCAUUUCUGUUCAAGUAAUUCAGCCACUGGUUGUUAUUUCUGAGUCUGACUGAUGUCUCCCCUUUGAUUAUGCACAUUAUAAUAUUCUCUAAAUCCUUUUAUGCUUUCAA